GUUACUUCAUCGCAGCUAAUAUUCCGCCGAUUGAUUAAUUGUUUUAUAAGCGAACCAUAGUAUAGUUUAAAAUAAUAUGCAUAGAUACACUAUUGUGAACUGCAAAUAAGUUAAAAGCCAUUUCCAAGUUAGUGAUAAGACCUACAUGGAAACAAUAAUCUCUACUAAAAUUAUUGGUCUGUCUAUAUACAAUCGCAACAUUGUCGUAUAUGUUAGUUUUUUUUAUGUCGUUUAGUCAAAGAUAUUAAUGAAGUGGGUCUGAUAAAAAAGAUGUAUUUUCAAAAAGUUGGGAGGAGAAUCUAACAAGGGGUCAGUCUAUUAAGAAAACGAAAGGGUGAGACUCGAGAUGAGGGGAGUUUUAAUUGAAACGUUGAAUACUAAAAUGCGUGUUGUUGUUUCAAACUGACCUAGUCUUAAGUCUCCCCACACGAUAAAACCCUCCAGUCAACCAUUUUCCUCUUCAUCGUUCUCUUACUUUUUUUGUUAGUUUCCUUAAACGUCUAAAAUGUAUACACUUGUAAUAAAAAUCGAUAAAUGAUUGAUUCUUCAACUUCCUAUUUUCUUACACAUGAAAACACAUAUCUAAAUGCUCCUCUAUCCCAGUUUUGAUCCGUUCUAAGUGGUGACCGACAGAAUUAUUCGACCACCGACUAUCUUUAACCAUAAAAAUGCUACUAUUAAACCCUUAGGUUUAAUGGUUUACAUGUUCAUUAUAUCAGACACUGGUUUUACAAUCUAAAAUUGGUACAAAUAUAAAAUUCUGAAAUCUGAAUGAUCCUAACAUUAGCUCUUCAAAUCGUUUUUUUCUACCCGAUAAGAUUGUAUAAUUAACUCAUGUAAAGGCUGAGUUUGCCAAUUUUGACUGUAAAAACCAGUGUUUACAAAAUAAAACCCAGAGUUCAAUAUAUAAAGAACAUGUAAAUCAUGAAACAAUUAGUUUAUGUAAUAUUAGUGGAGAAUAGUCCAUUUGAUGUAUCAUCCCAAAUCCUUUAGAUCAAUCCACAUGUUUGUACAGGCAAGAUUUUUAAUACAGUGGCAGUCUGGCAAGUGGAAAUAAACAAUUUCAUGUCACAUUUACGCUUAAAGUUUAGUUAAUAUAUAUAUAGUUUGAAAAUAAAGUUUAGUUGCUAUAGUGGUUUGCUUAGAAAUUACAGUUUUACUUUCUUGAAGUUGAAGUUUCGAACACACAGUUUAUUUUAUAGUAGUAGGAAUGAUGAGAUAUACAGUUGUAACAAAAGAUCAAAUUAAUAAUAUGGAUAUGCCUUUUUCAAUAACUCAUUGAGUACUUAUCCAGCUCCUUUUAGCUGUCUGCCAACGUAUUCGAAUUCCGAAUAACUCGACAAAGCAAUAAAAUACGACUUUAAAAUAAUUAAAUAAUCUGAAAACGAUGUUUUAUUAAGCGAUAGUAUUGUUUAUUCGACCGAACCAAUUAUUUUUGUUCCCAGCAGCAUAAGGGAUGCAUCAUAAAUUGUCUUCCGAAAUUAGCAAUAGACUAGAGAAUAAUGAUCACACUAAUGUGAUAUAAAGGACGGUUUAAGAUUAAACUCCUAAUACGUUGUCAAUGCCAUUUAUAUACCAAUUUAAGAGUUUACACACAAUUAGACGUAUAUAUAUGUCCAGCAUCAAACAAUAGCGAGUAUUAUUACAAGUGUAGAUAAUCAGAUACGAAAUAGAAUACAGAGUAUUUUAAAUUUUUAUCACUUUUUAGGUUCUAUAAUGUGAAAUAAUGGAUAGUCUAUUGAUUAUGUUCUCCAAAGACUCCAAUGAAGAGUCAAGUGUGCAAGCAGUUAUCAUAUCAUGUUCCUCAUAGCUGAACAACUAAACAAUGUUCUAGGGACCCUAAUCUCUACACACUUUUUACAGCCUGAAAAAAAAAAGACGAAGCAAUAUAUUACCAAAGUGUUGGUGGUUACAUAUGGAAACAAUCAACGCUACAAAAAUUACAGAUAGGUUACAGUUAAACCGUGUUCUACACACGACAAACAAGGGGGAUGAAUAUGUGUAUCAGCUGAAUCUAUCUAUCAUCAUCCCACUAAGAAAGUCAAGUUUGAAAAAGUCAGUUUACAAGUUCUAUCAAUUUUUAUUCUUUUGGCAGCCUGCAUCCAAUUUUUGUUACGUAUGAUUCGAGCUAAACAUCAUUUUAUAAACCAUUCCAUUUUACGAGUUAACAAAAAAAAACUAUAUAAUAAAAAACCAUCUCGAGAAAAAAAAAAGGAAAGAAAUAAAACCUCCCAAUACAACUCCCUAAAAAAUCUCUCUUCUUCUUCGCAAACAGAAAUGUCUCCCUCUCGCAACAUCCCCGCUUGGCUCCGCCCUACCUCCGAUCAUCCUCCUCAUCCUCCGCCUCCACAGUCACCGUCUCCUUUAGUCUCCGGCGACCCGAACCUCACAACGUGCCUAUACCAAACGGAUCACGGGGUCUUCUACCUGACAUGGUCACGCACUUUCUUAGGAGGCCACUCUCUAAACCUCUUCCUCCACUCCCAAGACUACUACAACCGCUCCUCCCCUCUCUCCUUCUCCUCCGCCGACCUCUCCCUCUCCUCCGCCGUCUCCUUCCACCUCAACCUAAACACGCUCGCCUUCUGGCGAAGACGCGGAUCCAGAUCCGUCUCCCCGAAAAUCCAAGUCUUCUGGGACCUGACCCGCGCCAAAUUCGACUCCGGAUCCGAGCCUAGAUCCGGCUUCUACAUCGCCGUGGUCGUCGACGGAGAGAUGGGGCUCUUAGUCGGAGACUCGGUCAAGGAAGCCUACUCUCGCGUCAAAUCGGCGAAACCGCCGACGAAUCCUCAAGCUCUCCUGCUGAGGAAGGAGCACGUGUUCGGCGCUAGGGUUUUCUCGACGAAGGCGAGGUUCGGAGGUAAGAGCAGAGAGAUCUCAAUCGAUUGCAGAGUCGACGAGGACGCGAGGCUGUGCUUCAGCGUGGACUCGAAGCAGGUGCUGCAGAUCAAACGGCUGAGGUGGAAGUUCAGAGGGAACGAGAAAGUGGAGAUCGACGGCGUUCCCGUUCAGAUCUCCUGGGACGUUUACAAUUGGCUGUUCCAGAGCAAAGCCUCAGGAGAGGGAGGACACGCGGUGUUCAUGUUUAGGUUCGAGAGCGAUCCCGAAGCUGAGGAGGAGGAGGAGGAGGAUGAGAGGAAAGAGGAAGAGAGGAGUAAAAACGACGUCGUUGUGUGGAAGCCGAAGCAGAAGCAGUGUGGGAGCAGCUUGGGGAUUAAAGGGAUCGUUGAGUGGAGGAAGAUGAAGAGGAGAUUCGUUAAGAGCAAGAGGAGCUCCUCGUCUUCGUCGAUCUCCAUGUCUUCCGCUUCUUCGGCGUGUAGCUCGUCGGUUAUGGAGUGGGCUAGCAGCGCAGAUGAGGCGGAGUACGGCGGAGGAGGAUCUGCCGGCGCCGGCGCCGGCAAUGGUCUUGGAUUCUCUUUAUUGGUUUACGCGUGGAUUAAGUGAGGUUUUAUUUUUAUUUUUUUCAUGGGAAACUAAAAAGGAAAGGUCAAAGAAUUAUUUUGAAAAAAUUUAUUGUUUUUAACGUUUUAUUUCCCCACCAUCUUAAAUCACGGACAAACAGAGGAAAUAUAUUGGAGUAAAAAAAUUUUUUAUAUAAAUUCUCAAUUUUCGUAUAUCUCUUAACACAAUAUAGAACUUGAUUAUUCUAUUUUAAGAAAGUUGAGUCUACAUUAUUGUCAAAAAAGGUUGAUCAGUA